AUGGUCAUCAACGUCCCCACCGCCUCUCUCGAAGGCAAGGUAGCCCUCGUCACUGGUGCUGGCCGCGGAAUCGGUCGCGGCUGUGCCAUUGAGCUCGGCAAGCGCGGCGCUUCCGUCGUCGUCAACUACGUCUCCUCGCAGGGCCCUGCCGAAGAAGUCGUGAAAAUAAUCGAAGGCUUCAACAAUGGCGCCAAAGCCAUCGCCAUCCAAGCCGACGUGUCCAAAGUCUCAGAAAUCAACCGCCUGUUCGAAGACGCGAAGAAGGCGUUCAAGAAAAUCGACAUUGUGAUGAGCAACUCCGGGACAGAGAGCUGGGACAAGACGGAGGAGAUUACAGAGGAGAAGUACGACCAUGUCUUCAACCUCAACACGAGGGCGCAGUUUUUCGUGGGCCAGACGGCGUACAAGCAUAUCGAGGACAACGGCCGCAUAAUUCUCAUGUCGUCCAUUGCCGCUGGUCUGCUGGGAGUCAAGGACCACGCGCUCUACAACGCAUCCAAGAUGGCUGUCAUCGGUUUCAUCAAGGCGUUCGCAACCGACUUUGGCAAGCGCGGGAUCACUGUCAACGGUGUGGCACCCGGUGGCAUUAAGAGCGACAUGUUCACGCAGAACGCUUGGCACUACAUACCUGGGGGGUCGCCCGACUGGCCGGCCGAGAAGAUUGAGGAUUUGAUGGCGAACCACUGCCCGUUGAGACGGUGUGCGGUACCUGAAGAUGUCGCCAGGGUAGUAGCUUUCUUGGCCAGUGACGAUGGUGGAUGGGUGAACGGGCAGGUCAUUACGAUUUCUGGCGGUUCUUCGCAGUAG